AUGUCAUCCCCAACUUCGUCAGACCAGCAGCCCAUCCCGGUCCUCCUCCUCAAGACAAAGUCCAGCCCAACCGACGCAUACGAAGAUCUCUUCUCCUCACAAUCUACCAGCAAGCCAUCCUUUGCGCCAACCUUUGUACCCGUCCUACAACACAGAUUCGAAGACACAGGCGUGAACCGACUCCGCGACCUGCUCCGCCGGAAACGCAUCGGAACCUCUCCCGACUGCGACUUUGGCGGCCUGAUAUUCACCUCUCAAAGAGCAGUCGAAGCAUUCUCGCAUGUAGUCCGGGAAGAUGAGGCCUCAAAAGACCCCUCAUGGCCGCACCUCCAACAUAUUCCCAUCUACAGCGUCGGCCCAGCCACCACCCGCGCCCUGUCCGCCGUCCCGCAGGAUCCUCCCCUCCAGAUCUUUGGCAGCCAGACCGGCAAUGGCGACGCCCUCGCGCACUUCAUCCUCGACCACUACGCCCAGUGCAGCAAGCAGCAUGAUGACAAGAACAACCAGCUACUCCCCCCGCUCCUAUUCCUCGUCGGCGAGCAGCGCAGGGACAUCAUCCCCCGCACCCUGACGGACCCAUCCCUCCCAGCCCACCGGCGCAUCCCCGUCACGGAGGAGGUCGUCUACGGAACAGGCGAGAUGCCCUCUUUCCCGGAAGACUUUUCAUCCGUCCUGAACAACAACAACAACAACAACGAGACGCGCUCCUCCAGCUCAGAGCGGUGGGUCGUCGUCUUUUCGCCCACGGGAUGCGACAGCAUGCUGCGCGGGCUGGGCCUCUUGGAUCCCGAGACGGGCAAUUUUGCGGCGGCGGGCGGAACAACAACAUCAUCAACAACAAUAAGGGACGGUCGGACGUUUGUUGCUACGAUUGGGCCUACGACGAGGAAUUAUCUUGUUCACAAGUUUGGCUUCGAACCUGAUGUUUGUGCGGAGACGCCCACGCCGGAGGGCGUGUUGGAAGGGAUACUGGCGUUUCGGAAAAGGAGGCUCGAGAAGACGACAUGA